GGCGGCCCCGCUGGAGGCAGCGCAGGGACGGCGGCGAUGUCUUGCUGCGGAAGCGGCGCCGGAGGCCUCGGCCGCCUCCUUCUCCUCCUGCAGAAGAAUGGAGUACGGCACUGUUCGUAUUCAGCCACGCGGAAAAAUAUGUACAUCAAUAAAGAUACAAAGGUUAUUUGUCAAGGUUUCACUGGCAAACAGGGCACUUUCCACAGUCAGCAGGCCUUGGAGUACGGCACCAAUUUAGUCGGAGGGAUUUCGCCGGGCAAAGGGGGCAAAUCUCACUUGGGACUUCCAGUUUUUAAUUCCGUCGAGGAG